AUGUUUGCAUCACGAGUUGUAACCAUUGUGUGUAUCUUUUUUGCAUUCGUCUAUUUACUUGUUAAUUAUAAAUCUAUAAAACUUGUCUUUCAUCCGGAUCGUUACCAUGGUCAUUACAUUCAAAAUGGAAUAUUUUUUGAAGGAUGGUAUUAUAAAAUAGUUUCAAACGAAUAUAAUAAUACAUUUAUUAUUAUUCCUGGUGUACAUAUGAAUAAUAAUAAACGACAUUCAUUUAUUAUGAUUGCUUAUGAUAAUAUUUCACAUUAUUAUCGUUUUCCAUUUGAAACAUUUACAUCAUCAUUUGAUGAAUUUCAAGUAACAAUUGAUAAUAAAAAAAAUAUAUUUUCAUAUGAUAAACUUAUUAUUAAUGUUCAACCAAAUAAUAAUAAUAAUGAUGAUGCAACAGAAAGUUUUCAAAUGAAUUUAACAUUAUCAUCACAUAUACAUAUACCUGAUAUAUUAUCGAUAUUACCAGGAACAAUGGGUCCUUAUUCAUGGAUACCAACAAUGCAAUGUUAUCAUCAUGUUCUUAGUAUGAAACAUUAUAUUCAUGGUUCAAUUCAAAUAAAUGAAAAUGAAAAAAAAAUUAUAUCUGGUAUUGGUUAUAUAGAAAAAGAUUGGGGACAUUCAUUUCCAUCAAUAUGGAUAUGGGGUCAAGCUAAUCAAUGGGAAAAUCUUUCAUCAACAUCAGCUAGUUUAUUUUUUUCAUUAGCACUUAUUCCAUGGUAUUUUAAUAUGGAAUUUGCUGGAUUUCUUAUUGUUUUUGAAUAUAAUAAUGAAUUUUAUCGUUUUAAUACUUAUUUACAAUCGAUUAUUCAUGAUUUAUCUAUUAAUUCUAAUACAAAUCAACUUUCAUUUAAUGUUUAUGAUGUUUUAUUUCAAUAUAAACUUCAUAUAAGUACUUAUUGUAAUGAAUUAGAAAAUAUAUAUGGUGCUAUGUUAUAUGGACCACGUGAUGAUCAAAUGGUUAAAUAUGUAAAAGAAUUUCUUACAAAAAAUAUUCAUUUUGAUGUUCGAUUAUCAAAAUUAAUUUAUAAUAUAACAUUGAAUAAAGAUAGUAAUGAUACAUUUAUUCAACAUGGUUAUUAUGAAGAAAUUAUUUUUCAAGGACGAGCACAAAAUAUUGCUUUAGAAAUAACGGGUGAUAUUAAUAGAUUAAGUGAAAAAUUUCGUUAUACAUAUGAAAAUAUAUAUCCAUGGAAUUUUUCAUUCAUAAGAAUUUUAGUUCUAUAUUAUAAAUUAAUAUUAACAAGUAUUAUAAGUAUAAUAAUUAUAUGGUUAAUUUUUGUUAAAUGUCGAUAA